AUGAAGAAUUACUUUGUCAUGCAAUGCCUGUGGAGAACGGAUGAACGAAGCACUCCGUGGCAGUACCGGUACAUGCAAUCUAUGAGCGCGGUGGAGCGUUGUACAGAUGUGCACACAAAUAACCAUGCUUUCAGCAACUUGACCGCCGGCUCUCCUGCACUUGGAGCAGAACUAAACACGACAGAGAAAAGCAAGACGAUGCAGUCCACGUGGUCCCUUGCUGAACUUGGCAAGCAGUACGGAUCCCUGGUUUGGAAUACCUACUGGGGGAUCUACUUUGGAGCUCUGGGAGGCCUCUUUGCUGGCGUUCAGACGGGUGUCCUCAAUCCCCUUAAGCUCGUGGGUGGUAACAAUCAUCAAACCGUGUCGGAAUAUGCGGUUGCAUUCUUGAAAAGGCAUGUCAGAGUGUCCCGUUACGCCCCAUAUGUUCAAAGUCACCCGGCUGCGGCAAACUUCCUGAUAAGUUUCUUGAUAGCAGAAGCUUCCGAGCCACUAAGAAUAGGAGCAACGGUGAUCGCCGUCCCUGUCAUCGCUAGGCAAAGAUCCCCGAAAACAAAGCAGGACGAGGAUUGA